GUCAAAUCCUCACGUCUUGAACAGUUUAAAGAAGAGUCCGUUACGGAUUCCUAAAACUGUGAUCCUGUCCUCAACAUGGUAGAAAACGAAGCGGCUGGGGAAAGCAGUACAGAGGCCACAGUCGACGACGCUCUACUCGAACGGCAGCGGUUGAGGAGAGUGCAAGGGAGGAAACUCUUGUAUUCGUUUGGAUGGAUUCAAGUGGUAGAGGGCGCUGUGGCAUGUGUCCUUGGUAUUGCCACCAUCGUAUUCUCAGCUCCGACCUUGACUUUUACAUUUCUCAUGGGAACACAAAUGUGGUGCGGUGUGAUCCUGCUGAGCGCUGGUUUCUUAGGUGUCCGAGCCAGUAAAUACCAGGAUCUGCCAGACGGCGGUAUUAACACCCGAGCAAAAUCCAUUAUAGUGAUGCAUUACAGCUGGACAAUCAUCGCCUUCAUUCCGGCCCUCUUGAUUUUACUCUAUGCUGUCGUGGUUCUGGCAUUGUGCAACAGAGAGGAGCCUCUCAACACGAAAACCGCCUGUUUCGCAUUAGACAACAUUCAGACGGGCCUAGGCAUCACGAACGUUACCGUUGGCACGAUCCUAUCAGUGACGAUCAUCCCAUUCAUGGUGUUCGUUUGUGUCCUGUGCCGCUCCUACGCGCCUCGAGACAAGACGCCCCGCGCCCAAUCCGUGACUGACGCGCCGCCUGCCGGAACGGUGCUGGAGGACGCUGUGAGGAGACAGUCGCACAUCAUCCGCCAGCAGCAGGAGCAGAUCGAACUGCUGUCCCAGCGACAGCACGCCAUGGAGCAGAGAAUUCAGGCCAGUCAUAUGCCCCUAGAGGCGCCACCUCCGUACCAGCAGGAUGACCCGCCAAUCGUGGAGAUCCAGAAAACUCCACCGCCGUACAAACACCUACUGCAGGCCACAUCGUGCGUGGAGAUUGUGUAG